CUAAAAUCCUAAACCCAUCACUUGAGUGUGGUGAUGACCCUGAUGACAAACCGCUUACAUAUCGAUUUAACACCAAAUGACGGACCACCACCACGCAGUCGCACCAGCGUAUUCAUAGAUUUUAGGCUUGUGGCCCUAUCCAAAGUCACGCACGGUCACCCCCAAUAAUACUCUACAUAGAUUCUUGUGUUUUUCUUUCUUUUUUUUUGCCCUAAAUCUCCAUUUAAGUUCACUAUAUCUCAAUCCACCUUUCUCUAUUUGUUCGCUUUGUUCUGCAAAUCAAUUUACAGAGGCCAGUACCAGUUCGUGAUCGUAGGUGAGUAUCAACUCAAGACAAUGUCAUCUUGUGCAUUUUCGACAUCUACGUUGCGUGAGACGCUGCCAAAUCAUGAAUCCGUAUGCAAAAAACCAAGUGAAUUCAAGAAAAACUGCAUUUCUGCUGACGUGUCGCAUCUGAAGCUGACCUGGCGUAACUCGAUGACAUGGAAACAAACUGGAAGUAGACUCAAAUGCAGGGCACUAGAUGUUAAAAACACCGAUGCUUUCUUGAAAGGGCGAUUGUUUCAGCUUGAUGAUGUGAUUGAAGCACAACAGUUUGAUAGAGAGAUCUUGAGUGCUAUAUUCGAAGUGGCACGUGAAAUGGAAACGAUUGAGAAAAAGUCACGUGGGAAUCAGAUCUUAAAAGGCUUUUUAAUGGCUACUCUUUUUUACGAGCCUUCGACGAGAACCAGGCUUUCGUUUGAGUCAGCGAUGAAGCGGUUGGGCGGUGAAGUUUUGACAACAGAAAAUGCGCGUGAAUUUUCGUCUGCUGCAAAAGGAGAGACACUUGAAGAUACAAUAAGGACGGUUGAAGGGUAUUCGGACAUCAUUGUAAUGAGGCAUUUCGAAAGUGGUGCUGCUAGAAGAGCCGCCAUGACAGCUAAUAUUCCCGUUAUUAACGCUGGUGAUGGACCAGGACAGCAUCCUACUCAGGCUCUUCUUGAUGUGUACACUAUUGAAAGAGAGAUAGGAAAGCUGGAUGGAAUUAAAGUUGGUCUAGUAGGUGAUCUUGCUAAUGGCCGUACCGUUCGAUCCCUUGCGUAUCUUUUAGCCAAAUACAAUGAUGUGAAAAUCUACUUUGUUUCUCCAGAAGUUGUUAAAAUGAAGGACGACAUUAAGGACUACUUAACAUCAAAAGGAAUCAAAUGGGAAGAAAGUGCAGAUCUAAUGGAAGUGGCAUCCAAAUGUGACGUUGUGUAUCAAACUCGCAUCCAACGAGAGCGAUUUGGGGAAAGAGUUGAUCUAUAUGAUGAAGCGCGUGGCAAAUACAUUGUCAAUCGUGAUGUCUUGAGUGUAAUGCAAAAGCACGCAGUGGUCAUGCAUCCUCUUCCAAGGCUUGAUGAGAUCACAGUGGAAGUAGAUGACGAUCCAAGAGCCGCGUACUUCAGACAAGCGAAAAAUGGACUCUUUAUUCGAAUGGCUUUGUUAAAGCUCUUACUUCUUGGUUGGUGAUGAUGAUGAUGAUUCAAAUUUUGAAAAUUGCAGGAAUAAUAAUGUUGGUAUGAAAGAUGCAUGAAUUAGAUCAAUCAACACUUUUUUUUGCAUGGAUGUUAAUUGCAUUUAUAUGUGCUAUUAAUUUUGGACCAAAUAGACAUAUGAUAAGCUUCCAAGACAUCAUUUGUGCUAUAUGUCUUCUUAUGAGUGUUGGUUAUUAUGAUUUGAUUUUCAAUGA